AGUUUGUGGGCACAUUGCAAGUAUGUACUCCAAUGUUCGAUGUCAAUACCGUAUUGCACACUUAUGGUCUCUUCGGCGUCUUCAUAGAAAUCACUUGCAUUGAACUCGCCAAUUGCUAUUAUCAGAGAGAUGCUAUAGCAAAUCCUUGCCCAAUCGUAACGUCGUGCUACAGACGUUCAAAAGCGAUACGUCGUGCUGCUUACGUUUUUAUAACGCAAAUGCUAGCCGCGUAUUUGUCGUUCUUCCUGGCUAGGUCAUUCUGGAAGUUGGGCAUACAUCCGGUUCACUCACAACUUCUUGCUGCCCAACAUUGCUCAGCGGAUUUAACGAUUGCUGUCACUACCGGCUGUCUGGUGGAAGGAGGUGCAACCUUCAUAGGAAAAGUUUUUGAUAAAUACACCAGCGCCUACUUGGAGGACACAUGGAUGUCAAGUGUUGCUUCCUGUGUAUUUAGUGGAUUUCUUUGUGCCAUUGGUAUCAACUACACAGGAAUGUACGCAAAUCCUUUGGUCGCAUGGGCUUGUACCUUCAACUGUGAAGGAUUAACACAUGUUGGGCAUUUGCUGGUUUAUUGGUUAAGCCCACUUAUUGGAUGGUUCACAGCUGAGGCAAUGCUUGGAGAUGAUGAAGAAGAGGAAGUGGAAAAGAAAAAACAAUGAUAACGAUUUCCAGCAACUUUCGAGAGGAAAUAACAACAUCCAGCGCAGGAUGCAUGCCGGUCAAGAAGAACCUAACCUUCCAUUUGCUCACUUAGGAAUUGAUGUUAGAUGCAUAAUAAGUGAUAUGAAGUAACGUAAAG